AUGUCUGCUUCGUUAGAAUUGGAUCCAAUACUUGUUAGUUAUUAUGAUUCAAUUGUACGUGUAUCAAAUUUAAAAACUCUUGAUAAAUCAAAUUGGCUUGAUGAUAAUAUAAUAACAUUUGCUUUUGAAUACGUUCAAAAUGAAUCAAAAUUUCUUAAAGAUAAUCAGAAUUUAUUUGCAUUUGUUUCACCACCAGUUGUACAAUUAAUAAAAAUGAGUGAUGAUUUAUUUGCUGAACAACUUCUUCAAUCAAUAGAUUUUCUUGAAAAAAAAUUUCUUAUUUUACCAAUUAAUGAUAACAGACAAGUAACAGAAUUUUCUGGUUCACAUUGGUCAUUACUCAUUCUUUCUAUUCAAGGUAGGAAUAUAUUUUUCUUUCGUUUUAUUAAUAAAAAAAAAACUUUUCCUUCAGAAAAAAUUUUAUAUCAUUUUGAUUCAAUGUCAUCAUUAAAUGAUCGUACAGCUAAAGAGAUGCAAAAAAAAUUGAAAAUAUUUUUUCAUGGUGAUAUUCAUCUAAUAAAUAGUCGUUGUCCACAACAAGCAAAUGGUUUUGAUUGUGGAUUAUAUGUAAUUGUUGUUGUUGAAGAAUUUUGUCGGUAUAUUCAGGAAUAUUGUUCAAUGAAAAAUUUAAAUGAUAAAAAUUUUUUUGAGCAAUUUAUGGAUGAGAUUAAUCGAUGUAUUACAUCGGAAUAUAUUAAUCAACGACGAAAGCAAUUAAAAACAUUACUCGAAUCAAUGAGUUCAAAUAAAAAAAAAUGA